AUGGGUAUAGAUAACUGUGGAGUACUCUUUAAAAAUUUAGCAUUGAUUAUUGGUAAUAACACUGAAAUCAAGGAGAAAAACAUUUUGCAUUAUGUAGGUAAUUAA